AUGUGUCACUCCUGUGACUCGAAUUUUGUCAACGACGUCCACCAGAACCUUCAAUCACUUCGACUCCACGAUCGGAUGAAAAAGACAGCUGAGUCGGCUCAGGCAAAUCUCAAGGGAGUCUUGGUCGUGGAAGAUGUCUACCGCAACUCUGGUGUGCGCUAUCACCAAACCAACAUGGCAACGCGUCAGCCCCUUCACUACGAAGCCGAACAUCUCGAGCGCAUGAAACAGGCCUUCGAAUCAGACUACAACAUCGUCUUCUCCCAGGUCAAUGACCUACUUCCGAAGAUGCGAGAUAUCCAUCGGGAAAUUAUAGCUUGCCAAAAGUCCCGCGAUUGUUUCACAAAACGCUCCGCUCGAUUCUACGAAGAGAUUCUGCCCGUAUACAAUGACCUCGCCGAGAAGUUCACAGAUGAAGCCACCAAGAUCCGUACCUGUUGCUUGCAUGCCGAAGACCUGUCCGAAAUCAACGACGAACUGUGGCAAGAGGCGGUAAAUCGACGCGAGAAUGUCCAGAUGUGGUACGCAGAGCUAUACGGAGCUCCUGAUGCCAUUCCCCAGGCGCCCGAGUGGAACAUCUGGGUAUCGUGGGUGGCUGGGCUUCCUGAGACGCAGCGAGCUAUGGCCGGUCGUCCCUUGUUCAGCAUCGCGAAGCAAAUGAUUCUGGCUCGUGUUGACGAUUCUUACGGAGAAGCUGUCGAUUCUUAG